UCCGAUAGCUAUAAGAAAAAAGAAUAUACAUGGUCAAGAAUACGCAACACAUUAGUUAUGGUAAUGAAACCGUUAUGGAUUGAUCGCAUCCUUUCCUUCCUAAAACGCACUCAAACCAAUCGAUGGUUUAGCAGAGAAGCUCCCUAAUCCAAAAGUUUGACUGCCCACAGUUGGUUGUAUCGAAUACUUGUAUGGAAGAAUCUACGCAGCCAAUUCUAAUGUGACGGAAAGUGCGUGUUGUCCGAACUACCGCAACAUAAAACGGGCUUGUCUCGAUGCGAUUAGACAACAGAUGCCCUUUUAUAGACAAAAAAAUGUUACUUUCCUUGCUUUAACUCUUCACAUGCAUCUAAAUAAUUUUUCUAUCUUUUCUCUCUCUAUACAUACUUAUGUUUUGGUGUUUUCUCCCAGAAAGCAUGGCUACAAGUGAAGUUUUACUAUUCUACCACUCUCCUGUGAGCACCUAAGUAACUGUUGUUUCACUCUCAACUGUGGUGAAAAUGAGCGUAUAUUGACAACAUUCCUUUUAUUUAUGCAUGUUGGCAUGAUGUAUCGAGGGAAACUGAUUUUCUACACUCACUCUAUUGCUUAGUUAAGAAAAGAGAAUAGAUACCUCUAAGAAAAACAGAAGAUUUUAGUGGAGCGCGUCUGCAUAUUGGUUCCAUUAGGGCUUAAGUCUCCCACAAGAUUACGGAAAAAAAUCGAUUUAAUUUUUCCCUCAGUACUCUAUUCAUAGGUUUUAAUGGUAUCAAAGCACAGAAAAGCCCUCCUUCGACGUCAAGCUCGGGGAACAACGUAUAAGCUCGUUCACCGUCCCCGCAAUGAUGAAAAUAAUGGGGAUACUGAUGGUGAUGGUAUGGAAUGGGUGAAGGAAGAAGACUUACGUCGCAACCACGCGCCCAGAAAGAGAGGUAAUGACUAUGAGGACCAUGAAAACUAUGAAGACUAUUACGACGAUGAUGACGGGGACGAGUGGGUAGAUAACGACGCUGGGGACUUCUAUGAAGAAGAGGAAAUCGACGAUGAAGAUGGAUUGCACAUAAAUGCAUCUCAACCACCAAAGCGACUCAGUGGGCAUCCGCCUUCCGAAUCCACUCAAAAAAAAAUAGGCGGUAGCGAUGAUAUCUAUGCGGAUGAACUGACGAAGGAAUGGAAAGGGUAUCGCGAGAAUACAGCUGCUCAUGCAAGCGCCGGCCCUCGUCAGUAUCCCAAGCACGAUACAAAUAUACAGGAAGAGCAAGACGAUGCUGAUGACGACGACAAGCUCUUCGACGAUGAGGUUGAGUGCGAAGUGACGGACAAUUUUCUCCGUCAACUAGUGUUUGGCACGGGGAAUGAUGCAGGGGAUGGCGAUGCGUUCAGCGAAACGGAUGCUGAUGCUAUGAAGGAUAAAGAUGAUGACGACCGCGAUCACGAAGGGGAGCGGUACGGCAUACCACAGGACGCGUGGCAGCUCCUGACGGAUGAGGAGAAGGCUGGUGUGCGAGCAGCGAAUGCACGCGGCGCUGCACUCGGCCGCUCCAAGGUCACCCCUAACGCGGAGCUUGGCGUCGACGCCGUUACCGCGCAGCCCUACCCCGUACACAACAUAACGCAACGCGCCAUAGAUCGACAGUUCACGGAAAUGAUGCGUGAAUUCGACGUUGAUGCGCAGAUCAACGACGCCUACACAAACGACCCCCGCACGCACGGGGCGCUGCCCAUGGAUAAAUACCUUGGUGCACUUAAGGAAUUUGUUGUCGAGCGCGCCGGCGUUAACUACUCAACCAGUGAACCGGCAAAAAACAAAGGCCUCAUCCAUCAGCUAGAGCUGUUGGCGUACCGGGCAGGGGCUUUUGAUGCCGACUCCCGCGGAGGGGUGUACAAGACUACGUUGGCCUCGGAGAAGAAAGCGCGGUUCGCCGAGGAGUUCAGGCGCGAAACAGAACAAAUUCGGGCUGAGGCGGCGCUGCGGCUGUCGAGAAAGGCCUUGGCAGAAAAUCAAGAAGUGGAAGAAACCUAUCGCGAGCAGCAACCCCGUAGGCUUGUUUCUUUCAACGGGGAGGAUGCUGUGAGUAGUGGCGAGGCGUUACCGAAGCUUUCUGAAACGUCUGCAGAGGUGGAUUUAUGUAGCAAUCGCAACUUGGCGAAAGUGCAUGAUGGUACACCUGAUCAGGACAACGUCGUAACGUGUGAACCAGAGGAGGAGGAGGAAGAGUUUCGUAUUGCUAUCAUAAAGUCGAGGGAUAAGCGACUGGACUGUGAGACGGCUGUUAGUGUCUACUCUACGUAUUACAACCAGCCCAACGUGAUCCGUUCAACGACGACGAGGGGGAAACAGAAAUCAAAACGAAAGGUUUUGCCCCACGAUGGCGAUCUAAAAACCUCGGGUGUGAUUUUGGAUUCUUAUAAAAAGGCGUCAGGCGUGAAUGAAUCAUCUGAGGGGGGAAAGGACAAAGAAGAUUGCAAUUCUAGCCAUAGUGGGACCGGAACCUUACAGACCUCAGCCGCAACCCCAAUACUAACUCUUCGAUCCAAGGAUGAAACCAAGGAAGAGAAGAAGAUGCGAAGACAGGCAGUCAAAAUGGCUCAACGGGAACGGCGCCAAGAGAAAAGUGCUCUGAAAAAGGCGUACCAGACAGUGGGCGAGAUGGAAAAGAAGCGCGCGAACGCUUCACAGACUGCGAAGAGAACGGUACACUUCCUGUGA